CGCGGGUGGGGGCGAGGCCGCCGCCUGGCCCGGGGCUGCGGUGAGGUGUGGGGUGCCGGCGGCGGGGCUCUGCGGCUGCGGUGCGCAGGGCCAGGCAGGGUUGGGAGGAAGGUUAUUUUUGGCUUUCUGCAAGGAUGGCUUCAGAGGAUGCUCCAAGAAUAGGGAAUGACGUGGAAAUCAGCUGAAUUCACUUGUGCAUUACUGAGCCGAAAUGACAUUCAUGUUUGUGGUGAAGUCAUGGCAGCGCCUAACAUGGGAGGGAGAGACAUGAAUGGACAAUGUGGCGUGACUCGUUCAGAUUGCAGAUCUUCUGCCUGCUUGUGGCAGCGCUGGCUAUUGUGGUGCUGGUCCAUAAUUUUUUUCAGUUAGAGCACCUGGAUGAUGACACACUUUUGGGAUCAAAUUGGAUAACAGAAAAUCAUGUCCAGCAUUCUCUAUCACAGACAACCAAAACUACCAGGAAGCCUUACUGUGGUUAUAAGCAGCAGACUUUGUCCAGAAGAGAACAAGCGGAACAAGAAUCACUGCUUGCUGCAAUACAGUGGCCAAAACCCCCUGAUGGCAAAAUCGCCUUUGUAGAAAGCACUGAUCCUGCACAUAGUGACUUUGUGAUUGUGAAACCCAGCAGCUCCUUCAAGGUGGGUGAUCAGCUAGAGGUACUUGUUCGGAUGAAGGAUUUCCAAGGAAAACCCAAACAGUACGGUGGAGACUAUCUACAGGCACGAAUUCACUCUCCUCUGCUGAAAGCUGGAGCAACAGGAAGGAUUGUAGAUUGUCAUAAUGGCCUUUACAAAGUCUUCUUUACGUUGCUUUGGCCAGGAGAGGUCAAAGUUUCUGUGUCACUUGUCCAUCCAAGCGAAGCAAUCCGGGUCCUCCUGCGUUUACGAGAAGAAAGGCCAGACAGGGUCUAUUUCAAAAGCUCGUUCAAGUCUGGGAGGUACUCGGAAACUACUGAGUGCAAUGUUUGUUUGCCUGGAGAUCUCCCAGUGUGUAACUUCACAGAUCUCUACACAGGUGAGCCAUGGUUCUGUUAUAAGCCUCGAAAAUUGUCUUGUGCCAGCCGAAUCAGCCAUGCCAAGGGUGGAUAUCAAAAAGGUCUUCUGACGCAAGAGGAAAGCCUCUUUUUCCAAAGUGAUGUGAAUAUCAAAAGACCAAUACUCUCCAGUGGACCCGAUUCAGUGAUUGUAAAGCCCAAGGCAUUUACAGAUUCAAGCAGUAUGGACAGAGCUGAAGAUCCUACUGUUUCUCCUUCUGGUUAUUAUUAUGAAGACCAAUGGAGGUCAAGGACACACUGGAUCCAUCAUUUUAACAAGUCAGAUGAUAUAACUAAGUGCUUACAAGGAAAAGUAAUCCACUUGUUUGGAGACUCUACAAUAAGACAGUGGUUUGAAUAUCUAACGGCAUUUGUUCCAGAUCUAGUGGAAUUUAACCUGGAGAGUCCUAAGAAUGUGGGGCCUUUCAUGUCUGUGGACCUGAAGCACAACAUCCUGCUGAAGUUCCGCUGUCAUGGGCCACCCAUUCGCUUUUCAACAGUCUUCAGCAGCGAGCUGCGCUACAUUGCUAAUGAACUGAAUGGCAUAGUGGGUGGGAGAAACACCGUGGUAGCCAUAACUAUCUGGUCCCACUUCAGCACUUUUCCUGUGGAAGUGUAUAUCCGGAGGCUGAGGAACAUUCGGAGAUCAGUUAUUCAACUGCUGGAUCGCAGCCCCAAGACUUUAAUCAUCAUCAGAACCGCGAAUGUUCAGGAGCUUGGGCCAGAAGUGAGCCUCUUUAACAGUGACUGGUAUUCCUUUCAGCUUGACUCUGUCAUGAGGAAAAUGUUCUCAGGAAUUGCUGUGCACUUUGUGGAUGCUUGGGAGAUGUCUUUAGCUCAUUACUUGCCACACAACUUGCACCCAAAUGAAGUCAUUGUUAGGAAUCAAAUAGAUGCAUUUUUAUCUUAUGUGUGCCCUCUGCAAACUUAGCACAAGUGGAUAUCCCUGUGUCACCUUUUGUUAUAGCCAGAGGAGAGUUGCUCUUGUCAGAGCUAUUGAGUUAUGCUGGAUGGCAUGGAAGAGCUCUGCCUGUUGUACUUGCAUGCAGUAUAAGCGGGUUGGCCUUAACUGUGGAUAGCUGUGAAGGAUAGUAAAGAAGAGUUGACUGUUCAGGCCUACGAGGUUGACUCCUUUCAACCAUGUAAUUCAUAUCUGAGAUUAUUACAGAGCACCUUAAAUUAAAUGGACAGGAUCAAAUAAGAAAGUAUGUGGGUUAUUAGCUUUACUAGUUGUCUGCACUAUAUGCUUAAUUGAAUCCAUAUGACGCUGAUUCUGUUGCCAGAGUCUUGCUGCUCAGAAUGGUUUGUGAAACCUGGGAAAUACUUUGGGAGCAGUCUUUCUCUCAAUGUUUCAGAAUUUGAGGGACAUCCCUUCUAGUUGUGUGUCUGAGAAGCAUAGUGUCUGUCCUUAUUUCAAAGAACUGAUUAGAGAUAUGAAAGAGUGUACCAAAAUCACCAAUAUCAGUCAAGGAAGCACAAUCAAAAUAUCUAUAGUAUUAAGUUAUUAAAAAUCUGCUAAAAUUUAAUAGAGCACACUAGCUAGGCACCAUUGGUAUUUACAGAUUGCUGCUAAAUAGUACCAAUAGCCAGUACUUUAGUUUCCUGUACUACUGAAUCUCUUCUGAGCUUUGAUACACUGUCUACUUCUUGAUUUGUCUGUAAUGGAUAAAUGUGAUUGUAAUGACCUCAGUGAAGAUACUGUCUCAGGUACUUCCUGCAAAUUCAAGUUGCAGACUCCCCUACUUGAAGCUGGAAGCAUCUACUAAUGAAAUUGUUUCCCUUCCCUGUAAGAUAAAGGUGUUCCGUUAUGCUCCUGCAAAGCUGGACAUCUGGUAAAAUGACUCUUGUACAUUGUUCAUGCACUGUGUCAGCAGGGAGAAGCCAGAAAGUGUGCUUGAUGAUGUUUGGCAGUGGGUGCCAACAACUGGCACACACUAGUGUCAAGGCCACAUAGUGAUGCCCGUUCUCAUGUUUUGACAGUUUUAUAAUUUGUUCAUGAGCUUUGCUGCUGCCAAUGUAAAAGGUCAGAGGAAUUGCCCCCAAAAGCCAAGCACACUCAGGGCUGCCGUUCACACAGACACUUGGGAAAUAUUUGCUGUUUCCCUGCUGUGAAAGCUGGUGGCUCUUGAUGGACCUCUUGGCAUGGCAUUUGCUGCUGCUAAUUUCACUGAACCCAUCCAUAGUUUUAACUAAGUAGUGGAUCGAAAACAAAAUUUUCAUUAAAUUGAACCUCUGACCAUCAAGAAUUAAACAUCAGCCAAGUGUUCCAUGUUGUUAUCUUUCUUCUUGUCCCACUCAGGCCAAAGGUUGUCUUUACGGGUGGCUCUACUGAGAAAUGUGUCAAAACGGUAGUGGAGUUGCUUCUGAAACAGCUCGUUGUGACUGGGGAAAAUAUGAAAGUUGAGUCUCUGUGAGCAAACUGAGAAGAUUUGUGAGGCAAAUUAGUAGGUUGUAGAACAAAGUAGAAUAACUGAAAUGUCUUCAUGUUAUUAGUGUUUCACUCUUUGCCACGUUUGCUGCUUUGUUAGGAAGGUUUGUACUCUUAUUGCUGGAACCCCAAGCGUUCUAAUGCUACCAACUACAGAAACAGUAUUUUUUGUUUUGUUCAUUUUAAAGGACAACUGAGAACUGUUUUAAAAACAAACAUAAGUGCUUUUAGCAUGUAAAAAUUAUCAGUAGCAUCCAUCUAUACACUUAGUAAUUUUAAAAUGUUUAAAAAUGACUGGAGGUGUCAUAUACACUGAAAUAGCAUUGUAUUCUUAGCUUUUCAAAUCAGAAUUAAGGAGGUCCAAUUUGCCAAUUCCUACUGACAACUGCCUCACGUAGUAUCUGUCCAUACUUCAGCUUAAAGUAACUAUUUUUCACUUUAAUAUGUUAAUGGAAAUUUAUCCUCUGCUAAAAAGAGACCACACCAAUUCAGGUCUGGGAAGGUAAACCAUCACAAUGCAAAAUGACCUUUCAUCUUUCCCAGGUAUGUUUUUAAAAAUAGAUAGAGUAUAAGACUUUCAUCCUGAAGAACAAAUCUAUCCAAAUAAUGUUAAUGAAAAUAAGACUUCAAACUUUUUCUUUGAAGGAAACUACUUAAUUUGUGGACUAAUCAUUUGGGUUUCCUCAUAAAGCCAUACCAUGUGUGAAAGUAUUGCUGCUGCAUGUUUUUUCUCUGAAUGUUGUAGUGGUCAUUACUGCUCUUCAACAGCAACAUCAUAUCGCUGUCAGCUGCCAAUAAUAGAUAGAGAAGAACAUAUUUUUUUAAUGUUUUGACAAUGGAGGGAAAUAGAACAGGACUACUAUCAGCAAAGAUGACAUAGAAUCAUAGAAUGGAAGGGGUUGGAAGGGACCUUUAGAGAUCAUCUAGUCCAACCCCCCUGCAGAAGCAGGUUCACCUAGAUCAGGCCGCAUAGGAAAUUUGGCCACAUGUCCAGGCGGGUCUUGAAGGUGUCCAAUCACCUUCUGGUAGAACCAGAACAUUUUAGGUAAUGAACUUGAGGGAAAUUGCCAAUUGAUUUGGAAUGAGGACCAAUAUCUCAUUUAUUUGGGCUCUGGAAUAGACAGGGAAGAGAAAGAGAUAAACUGAGGAUUUACUCCUGUUUUCAGAUGGAGACGGGACACUUUGCUUUUGUAUGUCAUUCAAUUGAACUGUGAAUAAUUUUCAAUUUCUAUUCUUGUCUUGUUACCAGUUACACCAGUUGUGUAUGUACUGUAUAUGGAAACAUAGA